CUAGCUGUUCAAAACUCUUCCUUGCAAGUUGCAGAACGGGGGUCAUUAAUCGUCUCGCAUGUUCUUCUUUAUUGGAUGGGAGUCCGAUGUGCAGCACCCCCAGCCAAAUCUUCCAGCAUCCAGACUUGCAACCCCCCACUCACUUUCCGUCUCCGACCCGUCCGUAUAAUGUCUCGGCGUGUAACCGACAACGGUCACUGGCGAAUCGGGGAGCUUGCCUUACCUCGAGCUACGCUGGGGUUUGCCUCAAGGGUUUGCUGCAAGUGCAAGAUUGCACGUAUUGAAAUGUACGAGUGCCCCAAACAGUCGGUAUUGUUGUGCCACCCUGCUCCCUUUCCCUUCUCUCGUCAUUCGUCCUUCCGUCGCUUCUUUUUUUCCCUUCCUAUCAGCAUUUGCAUUGAUAUCAAUCACUUGCGGGCAUUCGCGGGUAUCAAGAAAGCUAUCGACAUGGUUGAGCCCAACGACAGCGCAGAAGCACAAAGCUCCUCCAUCAAUUUGAAGAAGCCGGACUACACCCUCGACGGUAUGGAAGAGGGCGAUAACGCCGACGAUGUUUACUCCAGGGCAAACCCAGCCCGGCCUGGGUUCACCAAGUCUGAUCAGAGAGACAUGUGGAGGAUGGGCAAGGUGCAAGAAUUAAAGAGGAACUAUCGCCCGUUAUCCGCGCUUAGUUUCGCAGUCAUUUUGACUGCUGUGUGGGAGUUUCUCCUGGUCGCGAACACUCAAGGUCUCAUUGAUGGAGGUCUAGCUGGUGUCUUCUGGUCUUACAUCUGGACCUUCAUUGGAUUUGGAUUCGUGGAACUCAGUCUGGCGGAGAUGGCCUCGAUGGCGCCCAUUUCUGGUGGGCAGUAUCACUGGGUAUCAGAGUUCGCGCCACCAGGCCUACAACAAUUUCUCUCCUAUGUGGUGGGAUGGAUGUCAACAUUGUCCUGGCAAGCUGGUAAUGCAUCAGGAUCCUUCUUGACCGGCACCAUCAUCCAGGCCCUUCUCGUGGUCAACUACCCGGAUUAUGAGCCCCAACCAUACCAAGGUACCCUCUUGGUGUUUGCCUCGGUGCUCGUUCUGUGCGUCGUCAACAUCUGGGCCUCCGACAUUUGGGCACGGAUACAAAAUGGUCUCUUGGUUCUCCACAUUGUUGUUUUCCUGGCGGUCAUCAUCACUCUCUGGACAUUGGCUCCUCACCAGAGCGCGAAGGCGGUGUUUACCGAGUUCACCAAUGCUGGGGGAUGGCCCACAAUGGGAUUGAGUUUAAUGGUGGGACAGAUCACCGCUCUCUAUGCCAUGCUUGGAAGUGAUGCAACUGCACACAUGUCGGAAGAAGUGCGUGAUGCCGGCCGCUACGUUCCCAUCUCACUCUUCUGGUCGUACAUUGGUAACGGAAUCAUGGCCAUCAUUCUUCUCAUCACCUACCUCUUCAGCAUCGACAGCAUCGAUAACGCGCUUGAGGAUCCUACCGGUUAUCCCUUCAUCUACGUGUUCAAGAGCGCCGUCAGCACAGCGGGAGUCAACGCAUUGACUAUCCUCGUUCUCAUCCUUAUCAUUGCCGCUAACAUUUCUUUCAAUGCGUCAACAGCUCGCCAAACAUUUGCUUUUGCGCGUGACAACGGCCUGCCUUUCAGCAAGUGGCUUAGCCGCGUGUCCUCCAAGGAGGUCCCUGCCAACGCCAUCGCUGUGACUUGCUUGUUCACCAUGUUGCUGUCCAUCAUCAACAUCGGAUCCAACGUGGCGUUCAACGCCAUCAUAUCCUUGCAGGUCGUCGCCCUGUUCAGCACCUACGCUGCAUCCAUCUCCUGCGUCCUGUACCGUCGCAUCAGGCAUCCGGAGCUGAUUCCGACAGCGCGGUGGAGUCUUGGAAAGUGGGGGAUCCCAAUCAAUGUCAUUGGACUCGCCUACUCUUCCUUCUCCUUCUUCUGGGCAUUCUGGCCCAACGAGACGCCAGUCACUCUCGAGAACUUCAACUGGUCCGUCGUGCUGUUUUUGGGUGUUUUCAUCAUGUCCUUGGUAAUGUAUCUCAUCCAAGGCAAGAAAGUAUACAAGGGUCCUGUCGCAGAGGUCAGAGCAUCAAGAAUCGACUAG